AUGAACCAUUUCCUCCUGUUCGUCGAUUUACUUUACGUAACAUUCUACGUCCGAAUUAUGAAGUAUAUUACUACCCAAGUGUUUUCACUUACUGCAAGUUUCUCCAACAAUUAUCUCAUUGUAAUUAAAGGUCGUAAACUUCGCCAAGAAGUUGGAUUGUAUGGAAUUUUCACCAUUGGACUUCCUGCUAAUAUUAUUGGGUCAUUUGUUAAGUCGUACUCUACCAACAUCACUAUGGAGUAUUUAACUCCGGACUUUUUUGAAAAGAAAACAUUUUUUGAAACUGAUAAAGGAAUCAGAAUUUUUUUGAUCAGUACCAGUAAAUGUACUGUUGCUCGAGUAGUGGGUGUAGUUGUUAGUUAUCCAUUCCAAGUCAUAAUGAUUCGCCAAAUGUCGCAAUUUAUCAAUGGGACACGAUUAUAUGAUUGUAUUUUCAAUGCUUUUCCUACUAUACUGAGAAAUGAAGGUUUUUUAAGUUUCUUCAGUGGUUUGACACCUAGAUUAAUUGGAGAGGUUAUUACAGUUUGGUUGACUGCUUGUCUUGCCUAUUUUUUCAAUAAAUAUAUUUUCAUGGACCGUAUCGACCCUCCUCUGAAAAAGCACACUCCCUUGGUAACUGAGAUGAUAGUAAGUGGCGCCACUCAUGGACUCACAGUCACCUCCACAGUUAUGGCUGCUUGUGACUCGACGAUGCUUUUGUUAGAGGAUCAUCCUUAUUCUUCCGACGUGCUCCAUCACCAGUGUCUAAAUUACAUGGCUAUAGUCAGUGA